GUAGCUGCCUCUCCGUAGGUCCGGUCAGACCCGUCUGCUCUCCGCCCCACCACCUGUCCCCACUCUCAUUCUUCCACUUUCUUCACCUUUCAAGAGCUCCGUUACACCAUGCUGACCCGUCUGUUCCGUAUGCAUGGCCUCCUGGUGGCCUCCCACCCCUGGGAGGUGAUCGUUGGCACAGUCACCCUCACCAUCUGUAUGAUGUCCAUGAACAUGUUCACCGGCAAUGACCAGAUCUGUGGAUGGAACUUUGACUGCCCCAAAACAGAGGAGCAAAUACUGAGCAGUGACAUCAUCAUCCUGACCAUCACACGCUGCAUCGCCAUUGUCUAUAUCUACUUCCAGUUCCAGAACCUGAGACAACUUGGAUCCAAAUAUAUUCUAGGCAUUGCUGGCCUUUUCACCAUAUUCUCCAGCUUUGUGUUCAGCACUGUGGUGAUUCACUUUCUGGAUAAAGAGCUCACUGGUCUCAAUGAGGCUCUUCCCUUCUUUCUGCUCCUCAUCGAUCUCUCCAAAGCGUGCGCUCUUGCUAAGUUUGCCUUAAGCUCCAGUUCUCAGGAUGAAGUGAGGGACAACAUUGCUCGUGGCAUGGCAGUGCUGGGACCCACCUUCACUUUAGACGCUCUGGUGGAGUGCUUGGUUAUUGGAGUGGGAACCAUGUCAGGUGUUCGACAGCUGGAAAUCAUGUGCUGCUUUGGCUGCAUGUCUGUCUUGGCCAACUACUUUGUGUUCAUGACAUUCUUCCCUGCAUGUGUCUCACUGGUGCUGGAGCUGUCCCGUGAGAGUCAGGAGGGCCAUCCCAUUUGGCAGCUGAGCCAUUUCUCCAGAGUGAUGGAGGAAGAGGAGGACAACAAACCCAACCCCGUCACCCAGAGAGUUAAAAUGAUCAUGUCUCUAGGUCUGGUGAUGGUUCAUGCUCAUAGCCGGUGGAUUGCUGAGCCCUUGUCGAACACCACAGUGGGCAUGCCACAGGUCGGCAUGGAGCUGGACAACCUGUCCCCUAGGAGGAUCGAGCCAGAGAAACCCCUCUGGCACUUCUACCUGACUAGGAUGAUAACCAUGGACAUAGAGCAGGUGAUCUGUCUGGCCUUGGCCCUGCUUCUGGCCAUCAAGUACAUCUUCUUCGAGCAGGUCGAGAUGGAGUCUACGUUAUCACUGAAGAACCCCAUCACUAUGUCCGCCCCUGCCCUGACACCACGACGCCCCGCCGAGACCUGCUGCAGGAAGGAGCCAGCCGCUCCCCGCGCCCCCACCACCACCCAGAGUGUUGCAGACCCCGCCCCAGCCAUCAAGGAAGAGAGGGAUGAGGUUAUCCGUCCCCUGCCUGCUCCAGCUACUGAUCCUCAGCCAAUGAGUAUCUUUGUCGUGGGGGAGGAAGAAAACGAGCUCAAGUCUGACACCACUCAACCAAUCCUCCCCCCAACACCCAGGGACCUGGACAAAUGUGUGGCCAUUCUCAGCAACCCUGAGCUGGGGCCUCGUUUCCUAAGUGAUGCCGAGGUGAUGGUGCUGGUCAACUCCAAACACAUCCCCGCCUACAAACUUGAGGCCAUGAUGGAGAGACCAGAGAGAGGAGUGGCCAUACGCAGACAGAUGAUAUCAGCAAAGCUUCCCUCUCCCUCUGCACUCUCCUCCCUGCCUUACAUCGACUACGACUACUCCAAGGUUAUGGGCACCUGCUGUGAGAAUGUGAUUGGCUACAUGCCUGUUCCAGUGGGCGUGGCCGGACCGCUGCAUCUGGAUGGGAAGCAGUUUCAGGUUCCCAUGGCAACCACCGAGGGCUGUUUAGUUGCCAGCACCAACCGAGGAUGUCGAGCAAUCGCUCUGUCAGGAGGAGCCAGCAGUCGUAUCCUGGCUGACAGCAUGACUCGAGGACCCGUAGUGAGGCUACCCUCUGCCUGCCAAGCUGCUGAAGUCAAGGCCUGGCUGGAGAGCACCGAUGGCUUCCAGGACAUCAAAGAGGCUUUUGACAACACCAGCAGGUUUGCUCGGCUCCAGAAGCUGCUCGUUGGUCUAGCUGGGAGAAAUCUGUACAUACGCUUCCAUUCCAAGACAGGAGAUGCAAUGGGGAUGAACAUGAUCUCUAAGGGUACAGAACAGGCUUUGAAUAGACUGAAGCACCACUUCCCAGAGAUGCAGCUCGUGGCUGUCAGUGGGAACUACUGCACUGACAAGAAACCAGCUGCUAUCAACUGGAUUGAAGGAAGGGGCAAGUCUGCAGUCUGUGAGGCCACCAUCCCCGCUAAAGUGGUCAGAGAGGUUUUGAAGACAACAACAGCAGCUCUGGUGGACGUGAACAUCAAUAAAAACUUGGUUGGCUCAGCCAUGGCCGGCAGCAUCGGUGGGUUCAACGCUCACUCAGCCAACCUGGUUGCAGCCAUCUAUAUCGCCUGUGGACAGGAUCCAGCUCAGUCAGUGGGCAGCAGUAACUGCAUCACCCUGAUGGAGGCAUCAGGACCAACAGGGGAGGACCUGUACAUCAGCUGCACCAUGCCCUCUAUAGAGCUGGGCACUGUGGGAGGGGGGACCAACCUGCCCCCUCAACAAGCCUGCCUCCAGAUGUUGGGUGUGCAGGGAGCCAGUCAGGACUGUCCAGGGGAGAACGCCCGGCAGCUGGCCAGGGUGGUGUGUGCCACCGUGCUGGCUGGAGAGCUCUCACUGAUGGCUGCUCUGGCAGCUGGCCACCUGGUCAAGAGUCACAUGACACACAACAGAUCUAAGGCGGACCUACAGGUGACUCCAGGAACAUGCACUAAGAAAGCCUCCUGAGAGCCAGAGAGCAGCAUGGAAAAUAAAUAUGGACUAUCUGAAAGGGACUAAUCAUUCAUCAAUGGAAGCAGACCUCAGACUUCUGCCAAGUGCUUUCAAAGAGACACAGGAGUGUCACUGACCAGUCACUAUGCUGUAAAUGAACAUGAUCCAUACAAGCCAAUCAGACUAUUCUGUGGGAGUACAUUCAUUUUCUGUAUCUCUUUGUAUUUUAUGGAGCUGGUUUUGAGCAGUUAAUUACAGAUUUCUUUUAUUUCCCUGGUAACAAUGCUGUGAGCUCUUUGGGUUCAAAUGAAACAUUUCUGCUUUCAUGUUGCCAAAUGGAGCAUGCUUAACAUAGAAACUAGCUAAAUGCUAAGUGUUUCUGUUGAAUGUGUGUAGCUAUACAUGGGAGCUGAAGAACAGUGCUGUUUAUAAGUGAUUCUGAGAAAAAUUAUUUCUUCAUUAAAGAAGUUUGUUAUGGACAUAAUGUCCACAACAGCUGAGCAGACGAGUCCUGGUUCAACCACUAGAGGACAGACAAACAUGACUGACUUAAAGAAUGAAUACAUUAAUUUAUCAGUGAAUUAUGGUUUGGAUCCAAAAGGCACUUUAAAACUAGCACUUACCAGCCUUCCUUAAAGGCUGCUCUAUCUCCUGUAUGUACACAACAGAACAGUAUGGACAUACACAAUGCUUGUGUCCUUUACAAAAGGAGGAUGAAUCUAAUUCAGGUGUCUGCACUGCUGAACCACACAACAAAUCAUUCACUCGUGAAUUUUGAGAUUUUUUUUUUAAUAAUAUUCAUAAAGAAACUACAGAAAUGCCUCAGCUGCACUGCACUUUCAGCACCAAAGAAAAGACUGAAGGACAACAGCAGAGUUUUGCAUGUUUUAACCCAUUUACUUCAAAUGUGUGUUAUGUAUGGAAAAAGGCUUGCAGAGACUUGCAGUUUGCUUGAGUCAGGUACUGUAAUCCAUCACAGUGACCAUCAUGUCUUUCUCUAUUCAAUCCUGUUGACACUGCAGAUGCAAGGACAGACAUUUCUAAUCAGUCUGCAUUUUCUACUGCGUUGCCAAUGCAUGGUAUGUGCAGCUUAACUCAUCUCAUAUACUACUCAUGUAAAGUACUGCAGAUGUGGUGUGGGUGAAGGUAAAAUUAAUUCAAUUAUAAUGAGUCCUCCUGUUGCACCAGGGGCAAAUAUUUUGGAUAUGUUUUGUAAUAAACACAAAGGUACUUUAUAAUGA